AUGGCACCUGCUGUAACGCGCUUGGGAUUAACGCUUGUCUCCUUAGCUUCAAGGUUUGCUUCUUCAGCCGCCUCCUUCACAGCCUCUCGUCUUACAAUCAAUCAAUUUCAGACCACCGUCAGCGCCAGUGACAAGGUUACGAAGAGGAUCUUGCCGUUUUAUAGACAGUUUGCUACUAGCUCUGUAAAAAUGGUUGAGCACAUGAGCACAAAGGUUUGCAUUAUUGGCUCUGGGCCUGCCGCGCACACGGCCGCGGUAUACACGGCGCGGGCAGAGCUUGGCCCAAUUCUGUUUGAGGGAUUCAUGGCAAAUGGUAUCGCGGCUGGUGGGCAGCUGACGACGACAACGGACGUGGAGAACUUCCCAGGCUUCCCUGAGGGCAUCCUUGGUGUGGAGCUGACGAGCCGCUUCCGCGACCAGUCUGAGCGCUUUGGGACGAAGAUCUUCAGCGAAACGGUUGAGAGCGUGGACCUUUCCUCUCGCCCUUUCACCGUGCGUACGAGUGAGAAGGAGGUGAAGGCUGAUACGCUAAUUAUCGCUACUGGUGCCGUGGCGCGGAGACUAGAAUUCCCCGGCAGUGGCGAGGAGAAUGGCUUCUGGAACAAGGGCAUUUCGGCAUGCGCUGUGUGCGAUGGUGCUGCACCGAUCUUCCGUAACAAGCCUAUUGCUGUUAUCGGUGGUGGCGAUUCCGCCAUGGAGGAGGCGAACUUCUUGACGAAGUACGGGUCCAAGGUGUACAUCAUCCACAGGCGCGAUUCCUUCCGCGCCAGCAAGAUCAUGCAGAAGCGCGCUCUGGACAACCCCAAGAUCGAGGUCGUGUGGAACAGCGUAGUGGAGGAGGCGUACGGCAACGAGCGCGGCAUCCUGGGAGGUGUCAAGGUUAAGAACGUGGUGACGGGCGAGGUGACGGACCUGCCCGUGUCCGGUCUCUUCUUCGCCAUCGGUCACCAGCCCGCCACCGCCUUCCUCAACGGCCAGAUCACCCUCGACGAGGACGGCUACAUUGUGACGGCGCCCGACGGCACCGCCACCAACGUGCCCGGCGUGUUUGCGGCGGGAGACGUGCAGGACAAGAAGUGGCGCCAGGCCAUCACGGCUGCGGGAACCGGGUGCAUGGCGGCUCUUGAGGCGGAGCACUUCUUGUCGGCGCAUGAGGGCGAGGCGGCGCCCGCCAAGGAGGGCGAGGAGGCCCCCGCCGCCAACGGUACCGCGGAGGACGCCGCCAAGCUGUAGGCAACGGAGCGGUGGCUUGCACGCGUGCCUGUCUGCGCAGGAAGGGAGGAGAGGAUUGGACUGAGCAGGGAGGGCGCUGUUUGGGUCGGUCUCCGGGGCCGGGUGCUGUUUGGUUGCAUGCAGGCACCCCGUCUUCUCUGCGGGACACUUGUUCGAGUGCAGUCUGGGCGGAGAGGGGCUUGCAGUCUUGGUGGCUAGCUUGGCAGCAUCGCUUGUGGCGCUGAGCGAUUGUGGGCCGUUUGGUGUCUGGUCUCCCUGAACCAUCAUGAAGACAUGCGACGCCCAUGUCUUGGUUUUGGGUGGCAGGUGACGCUUGGCGUUUGCAAUGCAGGGGGUUUACCAUACCCGGAUCGCGGCUAGUUUGAACGUAAUCCAGGAUGUACGGGAGCACGCUUCAAUAGGUGCUUUCUGGGAGGUCUUUGCUGCUGCCCUUCCAGAUAUAAGGGGUCUUGGGGUGUGGGGGCGUAUGUGACAAAGAGCGGAACGGCGUUAUGUUUGUCGCAUUUGGUGUCAUGUGUGGUAUGGUUGCAUUUAGUGCCAUGUCCUUCCAGAGUGUUAUCUUGUACCUCAAAAUCUAGCUUGCAAGCGGUGAGUGUGAGUGCGCGCUAUGAGCGCCGGCUGUUGCCGCGGGCGUAUUGGCUAUUCUUUUAUUGCCCUCGAGUGGCAUUCCACUCUAGGGCCCAACAAGCAAACUGGCUGUGUUUGCGUUUCAAUGUUUCAAGUAGGUUCGUGGUAGUGCUGCGUAGCGGUGAUGGCAUGCGUCAUUUUGUCGCGGGGUCGGACUGAAAGGGUGUGAUUAACAGGCGGCGAUGGUGACGAUGACAGCGUGUGGGGACCCUAUGCUGGGAAAUGCCUCUAAAAUGCGAGGAUGAGGCCUUUGUUACUGUUCAAA